UGAUGUCUAUCCUGAAUCUGGGUUGUCACAGCUUGACUUGAUUAUUCCCUGUCCUGCACUCUGGUAUCAGCAAGAAGAGAUCUUGACCUUCCUCUUUGUGACAGUCUUUCAGAUACUUAUAAAUUGAUACCAUGUCCCCUGUGAAGUCUUCUCUUCUCAAGGCUGAACAUGGCCAGUUCUCUCAGUCUCUCCUCAAAGGGCAGUGCUUCCAAACCCUGAAUCAUUUUUGUUGCCUACCUCUGGACCUUUUCUAAUAUUUCUGCAUCUUUCUUAAAUCUUGGUUCCCAGAACUGGACACAGUAUUCCAGAUGAGGCCUGACUAGUGAGGAAUACAUGAGAGGACAUAGCCCAGUGCUAUCCAAAUGCUCCUUUCAUGUAUAAAGUCCCUCCAAAUCCUACCAGUAGGAUCUCAGUAAUCAGGAUCUUAGAUAGCAAGCCUGGGAACUUAGGGUGUGGAAAUCUACAACCUGCCCCAGUAUAUAGUAUUGGGAUAGAUGGAUAAAUGCUGUACAUAUUUCCCCAUAUCUCAUGGAUAAGUUACUAAGGAUGGUUUGCAUAGCAGUUUGGAAAAGAAUGUGACUCAGUAGAAGACCAUUUUCUCAUCAUGUCCAGCAGCCUUCUAAGUACAUUUUACAAAUGUGAGUAAUCCUCACAGUUUUCUGUGAGCAAAGAAAGUAAAAAUCUUACCUAAAUGUCAGGAGUACCAGAAAAGGCAGCUUAAAGAUGGUGGUUCUAAAGGCUUGCUGGACUAAAAUGCUUCACUUCCUGUCUAAAAACAAGCCACAAUUCCAGAUAAAUCUCUUUGAAAGACUGGUCUAGAUCUUGGGCAGCACAGCUGAAAAGGCCCUGUCUCAGGUGCUUUAUUUCAUUUAGCCUGAAGACCCAAAGCAGAGCUUCAGAAGAUGAAUGAUGUUUUAAGGCUUUAAAGGUCAAGUGAAGCUGUGGACAAGGCUGGUUAACUGGCUAUUGUCAGAACUGUAAGUGCUAUUGAACUGAUUGGAGCUUUUAGACUCUCUCCAAGGAUAUAUUAGCCUAAAAUGAAUGAUGGAACUUCUCUGCUUUGUCCAAAAAAGUGCUUUCAUUCAUCAGGUGAAACUGGUUAAAACUAUGCCUAGUAACCUUUAACACUGACCAAUGCACUUAGCAGCAUUCCCGAAGUACAAGCCAGCUACUUCUGCCAGUGUGACCUACCCAGAACUGGUUGUGCACUUAUUCCUGACUCACCAAAAAUUCCAGCCAUACUUUUUAUCUAAGCCUCAGUUCAUCCUCUGUCACCUAGUCUAAAAUUGCUACCAGACACCUUCAGCAUCCCAAGGUUAGAAGAUUGAAAAAAGAAAUAUAGCCAGGUGCCAUUCCAUGUUGACACUUAGCAAUAAGGUGUUCAUUUCUUUUAGAACACUGUAGUUUAAAAUAUACCAUGUGUUUUGCCAUAUGCUGUUAUUCAGAUAGGAAAGUGCUGCAUCACAUUGCCUGGGUUCUUCAGGCUUGAAGGUCACAGCUCUCUUGUCAUUACUUCUCAGCAUUAUUGAUUUGACUACAUGGUUGACUUUCAUGUGCACCUCAUUAAAAUGAGUAAUUGUUUUCCAAGUUUCAAGUGGAGUAGCAGGUCUUUUCACUGCAUAAUUACAUGAUUUACUCUGUACAGCUAGUGGUAAGAGAAAUGGUUUACACAGGAUCCAGCUGUGAGUUUUCAUUUCUUGAAGAACAGAAGGCGGGACUAGAAGCCAACCCUAAAGCCUUGCAGGGCAUUGAGCAGCCCAGAGAUGAUGUAGAGCACAGCCUUGCGGACAAGCAUUGUGGAAAGAUUAGCUGGCAGAGAUAACCAACAGGAAAUGCUCGGUGGCAGAGUGAAACCAUCUGUCAGAUUCUGAAUGGUUCUUUUCUCAAUAAGCAGAAAAUGAAGUAAGGAAGAGAUUUUGUUUCAAGAAACAGCGGUGCCUUAGGAUAUUUGUGUACAAAAAAUUGAAGCAAAGGAGGCCUGUGACUGGUUGCGAGCUGCUGGAUUCCCACAGUAUGCACAACUGUAUGAAGAUUUCCAGUUUCCUAUUGACAUUGCUGCUGUAAAGAAAGAUCAUGAUUUCCUUGAGAAGGAUUUUGUAGAGCCGCUUUGCAGACGACUGAACACACUGAACAAGUGCGCCUCAAUGAAACUCGAUGUGAACCUCCAAAGGAAAAAGAGUGAAGACUCUGAUGAGGAAGACCACUGUGCCAUCAGUAACAAAUGGGUUUUCCAAAGGACAAGCCGAAGAUGGUCUCGGGUGGACGAUAUUGACACCUUUAUUCAUCAGACAAUCAAACAUGGGUCCCCAGGGGACAUUAAAAUGAAAAUCACCACCAGUAGCGAAAGUGUGCUCACUGAUCUAAGUGAGCCUGAGGUCUCCUCUAUUCACAGCGAGAGCAGCGGGGGAAGUGACCACAGGAGUCAGUCUGGAGUCAGCAGCCUUCUCAGAGAGACAAGCGACUGUUCGGGACAGUACUGUGUAGAAGACACUCUUGUGCAUGACGCUACAUCAAUUGAUAGUACCUCUCCCCGGCUUCCAGAAGACUCUUUGAACCUUGGGAAUGAGAAAACAACACGAGCCAGAGCCAAAUCCUUUCUAAAGCGCAUGGAGACACUAAAAGCCAGAGGUGCACAUGGAAAGUUAAAAAGCCUUGGAAGGACUAGUGGCUUAGUAAUAAGCAGACCUGUGCUUCAGCAUGAACCAAAAACCCUAAAGGAGUUUCAAUGCAUGCAGAUAGGGAAUGGAGACCUCCAAACCAUAGCAUUCCAAGAUGCAACCAAACAAGGAUUUUCCUUCUCUGCUAAAUCCAGCAGUGAGAGUAGCCAAUCAGAGAUUUGUAGUAGUGGCAUAAGCACUCCUUCCUUAAAGGAACGUAAAUAUCACGAAGCAAAUAAACGAGGUGGCAUGUACUUGGAGGACCUGGAUGUUCUUUCAGGAGGAGCCUUGAAGCAAGUGGUAGAUCAAAAUCGCAGAAAUGAAUUCCAUUCGCAAGAGAACCUAGUUGUUCAUAUUCCUAAAGACCACAAACCUGGAACGUUUCCUAAGGCACUUUCCAUUGAAAGCCUGUCUCCUACAGAUAACAGUAACACAGUGAACUGGAGGACAGGUAGCCUUUCAUUAAGCAACAAGACCUGCUCAGCACCUAAAGAACCCAGCCCCCUUGCUUCCUGCCCAAAGGAGAGUCGAAUUAGCAUUUAUGACAAUGUUCCAGGUUCUCAUUUAUAUGCCAGCACUGGAGAUCUGCUGGACUUGGAAAGAGAAAACCUUUUUCCUCAUCUGGAUGAUCUUUUGCAACAUGUCAACGGGCUUCAAGAAUCUGUAGAUGACUGGUCCAAAGAUAUAUUGCCAGAGCUAAAGAACAAGGCAUUAUCCAUUGGCGAACAUGGGUCAUUAUCAUUCCAGUCACCUGCUAAGAUUUCAUUGGACUUUGAACAGAACUCUGUAUCAGAUGGCCAGACAACACCUAGUGAUACGGAUAAAGAUGGGACAUCCCUCAAUGAAUCAGAAGCUACUGGUACCAGGGACAGAAGAGACUCUGGUGUUGGAGCAUCUCUCACUAGGCCAAGCAGGCAAUUACAUCUGCAUAGAUUCCAGAUUUCUCACCAACCAAGCCAUUCCAUAGGAUCCCUAGCGAUCAGCAGCCAGUCAGCUGCUCAGUUAAAUCUGUUGCAAAAAUUUUCCCUUCUUCGUCUUACUGCCAUCAUGGAAAAAUACUCCAUGUCAAACAAGCAUGGCUGGACAUGGGCUGUGCCAAAGUUUAUGAAGAGGAUGAAAGUUCCAGACUACAAAGAUAAGAAUAUUUUUGGUUUACCUUUAAUAGUCCAUGUGCAAAGAACAGGGCAACCCCUUCCUCAGAGCAUUCAACAAGCGCUACGCUUUUUACGGAACAAUUGUCUGGAUCAGGUGGGCCUCUUCCGAAAAUCAGGGGUGAGAUCUCGAAUACAGGCCCUACGACUCAUGAAUGAAAGCUCCCCUGAAAAUGUCAACUAUGAAGACCAGUCGGCAUAUGAUGUGGCAGAUAUGAUAAAGCAGUUUUUCAGAGACCUCCCUGAGCCACUUCUCACUAGCAAGCUAGGAGAAACUUUCCUCCACAUCUAUCAGUAUGUUCCAAAAGAGCAACGACUUCAAGCAGUUCAGGCAGCUAUAAUGUUGAUGUCAGAUGAAAACAGGGAGGUUUUGCAAACUCUGCUGUGCUUCCUAAAUGAUGUCACUUCUGUGGAAGAGAAUCAAAUGACUCCCAUGAAUAUAGCAGUGUGUCUUGCCCCUUCUCUCUUUCACCUCAAUAUAGUAAAGAAAGACAGCUCGCCACGAGUAAUACAGAAGAAAUACGCAACUGGGAAGCCAGAUCAGAAAGAUCUCAGUGAAAACUUGGCAGCUACUCAGGGACUUGCGCACAUGAUAACAGAAUGUAAUAAACUUUUUGAGAUCCCAGAUGACAUGAUAGCACAGUCUCGGAAUUCCUAUGUUGAAGCUGAAGUGCGUCCCCCUACUCUGGAGGAACUGGGCAAGCAAAUGGAUGAAGAAGGUGGGAAUUACCAGACCUACCUUGAAAAUAUUAUACAGAAUCUCUGUAAAGAAGCUAAGGAGAAAUUAAAAGGAUGGGUCACUUGUCCCAGCAUAGAAAAUACAGAACUGUGCUCCAGAAAGGUUGGAGAUGGAAAUCCAUUAAGGCUAUGGAAGGCAUCUGUGGAAGUUGAGGCCCCUCCAUCUGUCGUAUUGAACCGUGUGCUAAGAGAACGCCACCUUUGGGAUGAGGAUUUCUUGCAGUGGAAAGUCAUUGAAACUUUGGAUAAGCAAACUGAGAUCUACCAAUAUGUUUUGAACAGUAUGGCUCCUCAUCCUUCUAGAGACUUUUUAAUCCUCAGAACAUGGAGAACAAACUUGCCUAAGGGAAUGUGCAUAUUAGUGGCUAUUUCUGUAGAACAUGAAGAAACCCCUCUGAUGGGGGGGGUGCGAGCCAUUGUUAUGGAUUCACAGUAUUUAAUAGAGCCUUGUGGUUCUGGGAAAUCUCGCCUGACACACAUCUGCAGGGUUGACCUCAAAGGUCAUUCAUUAGAGUGGUACAAUAAAGGCUUUGGACAUCUAUGUGCAGCUGAAGUUGCCAAUAUCAGAAAUUCAUUUCAACCUCUGAUUGCUGAGGGACCAGAAACAAAAAUCUGAGUGUUGGAGAGCCUGCAUGUAUGGAGAUCCAUGUAUGCACUAGAUUCACUGGAUUUCAGCCUACGUUUGUGCAAUAGCCAAGCCAGGAUUGCUUGGAAGGCUCUGCCAUUGCCUGGAAAUGUCAUUCAUUGACCCCUAUGCUUUGCACCUAUUGAAUUCCUUCACUAAAGAACAUUUUUCCACAAAUUUAUUUAGGCUUUAAAAGAAGCCUUUGCUUAUGUAUGGCAUAUGUCUAAUAUUUAAAAGCUUCUGAGAAGCUCAUUUUAAAGUGUAAAUAGGAAAUGUAAAUAUUGUAUAUACUUUGCUACAUAUAAUAUAUAUAUGUAUGUAUGUAUAUAUAACAAGUUUUGUAUGUAAGCUAGUGCUUUCUAGAAGACAUCUGCAUUUGAUUAGAAUUAUUUUCACUUCAUUAGUUGUUAGUUCGCAGGAUCUCCAUGUUUUUCUUAACAUCCUUGCUAUUAUUGCAAAACUAUGACAUCAGUGUGAUGACUGGUAACAAGCGGAAUACUUGUUCCCAUGUUUGCACAGGUUAUGAAGAAUUGCAUGAAGUAGGACACUGGAGGGCUGAGAAAAGGUUUUAAGAAGAGAGAGCAGUAUGUUCCAGGGUAUUAUAAUUGGGUAAACAAUAAUUUGGUGAACACAGUAGCCUAUAGAAAGACAGAAACUAGAGUUGCAGCUAGGGAUAUAUGGAUUUUGUCAAAACAUUCCACUUGUGUUUUGCAAAUUGACAGGUGUCUUGUUCCUUUUCAGGAUUUAGGAGAAUUUUGCUCCACUAGAACAACAAUUGGUUUUCAUUAAUGUACAUUAGCACAAAUAUGAAUUUGCAUUAUUGCAUAUUAGUGUUAAUGUGAAUUUGGGCAUAUCUACCCCCAAAGAUAAUAACAGUCUGCAAGUCUGCACAACCUGGAAAAACUUGGUCCGCUGUGGGAUUUGCAGCAGUUCAGUUGAAUCCAUUGCAGAUUUCUGCAGCUUCCCUAUUUGCAGCGCAGAAAUCAUGCCAGUUGCCUUAAAUAAUGGAAUAGGAAACACUUUGGACCAACUGAAAGCUCACUAAUUGUAAUAGUCCUAGGAUUUCUUAGUCUAACAGACCAAUCCUAAGACUUGCCAUUCUAACAAUGCUCAGAAUGUGAUGAAGCCACUACUGCCUCUGCUUGCCAUCACACAAUGUAGCAUUACACCAAAGUUGUUCACUAACAACAAGUAAACAAUGCUUCGGACGUGAAUAUAAGGAUGGGCAUUCAACUCAUUAAUAUAGAUCUACCCGUAAGUGGCAUCCAUAAUUUCAGAGCAAAUUAUCACUAAUUUAAAAUACAUGGUUUGAAGUUAUGUCCCAAAAUUUGAUGUCCUAGUUCAAAGGAAAUUAGGAUAGUUGCAUCUUACUGAAAUUAAUGACAGUUAGUUAGUCAGGGCUAGUGCUACCACAAGAAGAGCUACCCAGAUAAAGCUUGGUGGCCUAUAAAGGUUUGUAAUGGCUUGGUUUGCAACAUAAACUUUGGCAACUCGGAAUGUUGACUUUCAAUGCAAGGCAAGCAUGAUGACUCCUGGUUCUUUUCCAGUGUCCCAAGCUGAACAAGAACUCCUCCCUAGCCCCCUCCCAUACACUCCCAUAUCCAUAUUUACUAAGCUGCAGUGUUGCAAUAUAGCAGAGGCAGGGGGUCCCUACAGUCCUCCCUAGCACCCUGCAAUAGCAACUCCUCAGGUGUUAGGGGACCUUGGAGGUGUAGUUUUGGGAGGCUCUAGUGUUCAGCCAGCAGUGUUACAGGAGCAUAAAAGAAGAGAAGGUUUUCCUGCUGGAAGGAAAACUCUUGCUGUUGCAAGAAGGGAAAUGCAUGAGAGGGAAAGAUAACUGAAUAAGGAAGUUAAAAUCAUGGUCCCAAUGGUGAAGAAUGUGAUGUCACAUACACCAAGCAUGGCAAUAACUGUGCUGUUUUUCAGCCCUUUAAAAAAUGGCUCAGUUGGCCAAGCCCAUGGCAGUGGAGCACAGAAGGCUGCCCAUCAUUUGUCCUAUCUAGGUUGCACCACUGAUUUUCAUGAGACUGAGCCACAGCCAACUGCCUUUGAGCUGAUGGUUUAGCCUGGUUGGGGGUUCCAACACCAGUGCUGGUACAUCAUUAGAAAUGAUGGUAUAGAGUGGACUAAACCAGUGGAAAGAAAGAAUUACACAACCAUUGUCAACCAAACAUUGCUUCUAGCAAUAUUAGUGCAUUCAGACAACUUUUUAGUUGUUGGUAAUACUUGUAAAGUGCAAUCCUAGGCAAAUUUAGAUAGUAAAAAGGCCUUCUUUCUGCCUAAACUUACAUAAGAUUGUGCCUUUAAAGUAUCGAAUUUGGAACUCCUGCUUAUAUAAACAUAAGCUUGAAUACCUAUUAUCAAAAAUUAUGCUGAGCUAUAUUUCUUCCCUCAGGAGACCACCCAUUAGGAGAUGCUCUCUUACAGCACAAUCCUAUGUAUGUCUACUCAGGUGUAAGCUCCACUGAUGUCAAUGGGACUUACUUCAAGGUAAGUGUAUAUAGGAUUGCACUCUUAGCACAUUUUUCACAUUGUACAUUUUAUAAGUUUGUGUAAUAUGCACCAUAUACUGAAAAGAACUAAUAAGUAAUCUGUGAGAAGUGGUAAUUAUGAUGUUAAGGAUUUUUUGAUCCUGUCCUAGGAUGGUCUUAUGCUUUGAUUUUGAAUGCUUGGAAGUAAAAACUUCGCAUUUCAGUGGGAGUGAAAGUCUAAGCAAGUGUAUUAGAACAGCAGCCUUUUUCAAGAUGUCCUUUUGUCCCUUAUUAAUGGGAGCAGCAUCAGCUCCUGGUGUUCUGGAGUGGUACCCUAAGGGGCCAUUGGAUAGCGCAUAUUUGGGGACUACUUAUUUUCAUAAAUGGGAAAAUGCUUUGAAAGCAAUAAUUAUUUUUAAAUAAUUUAUGGAGAACAGGGUUUUAAUAAUAAAAAUAAUGUAAUAUUAAUCAUAAUUUAGUUUCAAACAAACUGUUAUUUCAUGCAGAGUAAAAUCAGUUUCAGCCGGGCUUUCUACAUGUUGUUGUACAGGACAGCCUAAUCAGGCUCCUUGUCUAUGGAGCUGGGAGGAAAAUACACCAAACUAAGUAGGGCUUGGUUUUUCAGGCAUGGAUGGCUGAGAUCCGCUGUCAUACUAGUGGACUUUCCUCAGUGCAAUGGACAUUUCCCUCCUCUUUUCUCCCUAUAAUUCCCCUCUCUCCAUUAUGGGGAGUUCCCAUUAUUUUAAGUCAAUCAAGAUGUGCCAUUGAAUUUGUUUCAGGAAACAACAGUGUAUUUUCUACAAGGACAGGGUUACCUACUACUUUCUAGCAAAUCUGUUAUAUCCCUAAUGGUUGCAAGACAGACAGACUUUCAACAUUGGGAAAAGUUUCACUUAUUGAACUUCUAUUUCACUCAACUGUUCAAGCACAUGUGUCUUGCUGGUGACACAGUGACCAUAUUAUAAAAGAAACAACAAACUUUUUAUGCUGCAGUGCAGAAGUCUAUGACUGCUUUGAUCUUCAUAAUAUCAGUUACUGUGUGGUAUUUGGGAUUUCCGUGCAAUGCCAGCUAUGGGAUGGUGUCUACACAGACCACACAGGACUUUCUGGAAAACACUACCAGUGCAAUCCUGUGCACAUCUACCUAGAAGUAUGCCCCACUGAGUUCAAUAGGGUUACUCCCAUGUAAGGGGAUAAGCAUGCAGCUUAAAUGAUGCUCAGAGAAAAAAGCAAAGCACUGUGAUCUGCUCAGGAUCUUUUUUCACCUGGACUUACUUGAUACAUACCAGGGUUGAGUUCUUCCAUUGACAAUAGGUACCUAUUGUCUGGGGCACCCUGGCACUAAUUCAGUUUCUUGCCUUUGCUAUCCUGUGAUUUUAGUGAUCUGUACAACUGUCCACAUCUGGUCAUGUAAUCAGUUCCUCAUAAUCGCAUCUCAGCAAUCUGGGUUAAUGUUUAAAAGGAAAAGAACUCACAUUCAGUUUACAAUCCCAACCUGAAAACAAGACUGUGACUCAAUGGAGGAGCAGUUGCUUUGCACACAGAAGUCCCUGCUUCAGUCCUUGGCAUCCCCACGCAGGGCCAGAUUGUCCCUGCCUGAAACCUGGAGAGCUGCUGCAAGUCACUGUUGACAAUACUGGGCUAGAUGGACCAGUAAUCUAAGUGGGUGUAAAGCAGCUUCCUAUAGCCUUUGUUUUUUUGAUCUUUUGAGUUGGCUUCAUAUGCAUGUAACAGAGCAUACUCUUUGUUCUGUAAUCUGGGAAACAGAAAUGUAUGUGAUUUUAAUUUUCCUCUGUAGUCACUUCAGGGAUUGGAUACACUACCAGUUACAGUUAGACCAAUGCGGAACUAUGGUCAUACAAAGGAAUGCCAGACUUGGUGGAGUGUGGAUUGACGCUGACUAUUGACAGUAGAAAAGAGCUGGUUGGCAUAAAGAGUAGGCUGGGGAAAUGUAUGCACAAGAUAGCAGGUUAUUUAGCAAGCUGUUAUGAAAUAUACAGUCUGCAUUCAGAAAUUAUAAUUCAAAACAAGAGAACAAUCCAAGCUGAAUUAUAUUGUAAAUGCUUCAAGAGUUGCUGCCUGUCAGCAAUAUAGCAAUAUCAGUUGUAGAUAUUUCAGUGGGAAGUAACUUCUUUAUUAAGGCUAUGGCAAGAACCCUCCUGUAUUUUCAGUGUUCAAAUUUAUCUGCAUUUGUACCAGGAAAUGGUUUUUGGUGGCAGUGUGUAAGCAAAUGUAACCUACCUGCUUUGUCAGGGCAGGAUGGAAAUAGGUCUGGUAGAAAUGAAUCUGCAAGCCAAAACAGACAUGAUUUUAAAGCCUUACUUAGCAACAACGUGUGUGAGGGGAGAGGGGAUUAUUCUAAGGUAGGUGUAUGGGGGUUGAUCCAGCUUUUACCACCACCACCCCUGGUGGAUUAGGAGAUUCUGCACCUUUGCUACAGUAAAAAUAGGAGACAUAUCUGAUAAAUUGGGAAUUCGUUGUGCCAGUUUUGGUUCUGUGAUUUACACCAAGGAUAAAAUAAUAGGUAUAAUUUGCACGUAAAUGACAGCAAGAAAGUUGGGUUUAUAAAUUGCUACCAUUUUGAGCAUUGUUUUAAAAUAGUCUGGGUGUUUUCAGGCAAGGCUUUUAUUGUGAAAUUGCCAUAUCUCAUUCGCAGAAUUUUAUGAAAGGUCCAGACAGGAGCAGAACCCAUUUGCAGCCUUCCUAAGUAUUUUCACAGCUUUCAUUUCCUAUACCAUAGCAUACAAACUUGAGAAAAGGGGGAAAUUAGCAGCUUAAUGGCCUGGCUACAGUAAACAAGUGCCUACUAGUGCUCUGGAGACUUCUCAGAAAAAUCCGAAGCUUCUCUUGAGAAUUUUUCUAAAAGAUCCAGAAGGAUAAUUCCCCAAAAAGAUCCAAACUGGGAUAAACAGAUUUUACCAAUCAAGUAAAAAUAAAUGAGGUUGAUCCAGUCAUGAGAACAUAUGCUGCACAGUAUUAGGACAAGGAUUCAUCCAGUCUGGCAUUCUGUUGCUACAGUGCCCAGCUACACACAAAGGAGAAUGCAGUCGCACCUGCUGGAGCCAACAACCAGCACCAUCACACUAGAUCACACGAGGUAAUAAUUCAUGGUUGUUUUGAAACAGAUAUUCUGAAGAAAGUUAUGAUUUUAAGAUAUUCAUGGAAUCAACAGCUGAUUUCUUCUCUAUCUAAUAGUCAGCUAGUUCCAGCAACGGGAUGAAGUGAGAGGGGAAAUGAAUGGCUUGUCCCAUUCUGUCAUUAGAACAAAAAGAUAGAUAUCUGAGUUGUUACUAUCACUACUGGACCUGCUUUCUAGAGCAACCUGAUAAAAAUAUAAUUUUAAAUCCUAGACUCUCAACCUGGAUAAGCCAUAGGCGAAGGUGUGGUGGAUAGGAACCUGUUUAGGAAGAUGAUCUCCCAUCUAUUUUGUUUUAGUAUUUAUAUGCUAGUUUUGUAUCAAGACAAUCCAAGUACCUGAAAACAAAAUUGGAAAAAUUACACUUGGAGAGCAGCAGCAGGUAAACAGAGGCAAAGUAUGACUCCAACUGAUCUGAUCAUACUGAAUAAGCUAUUGAAUAACAACAUAGGGACAAGCAAAGAGGAAAACUAGUGGAUGGUGCCCAGAAGGAAAUUCCACAGUUGUAGCAUCACCCCAAGAAGGCCCUAGCUCUCAUUGGCAUGAUAUGAGUUGCCCAGAUAAACCAGGGGGAAGCCGAGUGGCCUGCGUCUGACAGAAGCAGAGAAACUACAGCCAGGCUUUUCAUCUCAAACUUUUAUUCAGUGGUGAAAGGAUUUGACUAAGUUCAAGAAAACUUGAAUUUGGAAAGUAUGGUGCAUUUUCCUUUGACAGAAAUGGUUUCACUCCCAUUAUGUCUCCCCACACUUAGAGCAGAGGCAAAUUAGAUAUUCUUGAAUCUAGCAAUAAUGUACCCACAAGAUGCUGUUUUCUUUUAAAAUCAGUAUUAAGCAUAUCUUGCAACAUAAUGCUACCAUGUUUCCAUUAAGUGUUAUAUUGCUGUUGUGUCAAUAUGGUCAUUGCAUGUUUAAUAUUGUACUCAUAUUAAUACCUCAUUUUUACCUCAUGUCUUGUUAUCACUCAAAAACCCCAUGUAAAUAUAUACUUGGGAGCUGAAUAAAAGAAUACAUGCUGAAGGUUUAGAUUUACUUCCAA